GGUUUCUAGCCGCAGCAACUCACAUGCGUUUUUAUUCAAGGUUAUGUAAUCACACUGUGAUUUCUAAUGUAUGAUUCAAUUGUAUUCGUUUGUAAAGAUGUAUAAAUUGUUGCAAGUCCCGUUACGUGAACUUGUUACUUGUAAAUGUUCUCGACAUCUAUCAGUUCCAUGUCUAUCUGUAAAGCAUAGGAUCUCAUCACCUCCUCUACCAAGGCAGUAUACUUCUGCACUUUCUUUUGUAUUGAAUAACACAUGGAUGACCAGGUUUUACAGCACUGCAAGAGGAGCAAGCGGUGAAACUCAAGAGCUGGGUAAAAAUGUCAAAAUUCAGGGGACAUACACCUCCAUAGAGCCAGAAAAAGAGGAGGAAUUUGUUUUCCUGGACUACAUUGAACCAGAAGAUAGUCACAUUGACCAACUUCAUGGUCAGCUCCAUGUGAACUCUGUCUCCAUGAUUUCCAAAGAAGACAAGAGGUUGCCACCGAGGUCAGGCUCCGAGAAGCAGCAGAGGACUCUGGAGCAACAGCUGCAGUCAUUGAAAGAUGGGACCGUCAACAAAGUGGAGACUGCGAGCCUUGAUUCUCUCAUCGAGUUUCAUGAUGUAGGGUUCCCUCUCGAGGAAACAAGCAAGAAGAAGAAAAAGAAACUUAAAGGACAGCAGAAAAUCUAUGGUACACCAGAUAUGGAGGAACCUGUCAGUGACACCUGUUGCAACGGAUGUGGCGCAGUCAUGCACUGCACUGCCCCUGAUGUGGCAGGCUAUCUUCCAAGUGAAAAGUAUAAACUUUUGCUAGAGGAAGACGAAUUGAAAAAGGCAAUUUGUCAACGUUGCUACUUGCUCACACACCACCAAAAGGCAUUGACUAUCAAGAUGUCCAAGGAGGAAUAUCGGGAUAUAGUCCGCAGGGUCAAAUCAGAGAAAGCAUUGGUACUGUUGAUCGUGGAUCUCCUGGACAUCCCAGACUCCAUAGUACCAGACUUGCUAGAGCUUGUUGGAGAAAACAAACACAUAGUGGUUCUGGGUAAUAAAGUGGACUUGCUCCCUGGAGACUCUGAAAACUACUUGCAAAGGAUUAAACGUCAGCUUUCCAUGUACUGUGCUGAUGUAGGCAUUUCCAGUGAUAAUAUCAAAGAUACCCACCUCAUCAGUGCCAAAACGGGAUACGGAAUAGAAAAUCUCAUCUCAAGUCUUCAGAGAUCGUGGAAGUACAAGGGAGACGUGUAUCUGGUAGGAACAGCCAACGCAGGGAAAUCCACACUGUUCAACAGUCUACUGGAGUCAGACUACUGCAAAUCCAGGGCCUCAGAUGUGAUCCACAAAGCCACCAUAUCUCCAUGGCCUGGUAAGAAAGAGCUCUGCCAAGCCUGGAACCCACAGUUUCACUAUAAGAUACAUUACAAACACUCAAACAAGGCUGUGAACAAAAGGGUUCUUGUUGAAUAGGUUGUUUUGUUAAUUUCAUGACCUUGUAAUAGCACACAGACAGUCUGACUGUUGUAGAGCUUAUUUAUGGAACUCUCUUCUUUCUAUGCUGCUGUAAAUCAGAAGUCUUGAAUAAGCUUUACUUUCCAACGACUUUUACAGUCACAUUGAUGGAAAGCUGGAACCAAUAACACCUACAGUGAGUAUACCAAACAUUAGGAUUACCUUCCUAAUAUUGAGUUGCACCCCAGAACAGCCUCAAUUCGUCGCGGCAUGGACUCCACAAAGUGUUGAAAGCAUUCCACAAGGAUGCUGGCCCAUGUUGACUCCAAUGCUUCCCACAGUUGUGUCAAGUUAUCUGGAUGUCCUUUGGGUGGUGGACCAUUCUUGAUACACACGGGAAACUGUUGAGCAUGAAAAACCCAGUAGUGGUGCCGUUCUUGACACAAACCGGUGCGCCUUGCACCUACUACUGUACCCUAUUCAAAGGCACUUAAAUAUUUUGUCUUGCCCAUUCACCCUCUAAAUGGCACACGUACACAAUCCAUGUCUCAAUUGUCUUCUUUAACCUGUCUCCUCCCCUUCAUCUACACUGACUGAAGUGGAUUUAACAAGUGAUCUCAAUAAUGCAUCAUAGCUUUCACCUGGAUUCACCUGGUCAGUCUGUCAUGGAAAGAGCAGGUGUUCCUAAUGUUUUGUACACUCAGUAUAUGUCUGUUUGUAUAGGCUCAAGUCUCUAAAAUGUUGAAAACAAAUUCUUAAAUUGUCUUUGAAAUUGAAUAUGAUCCACAGGUACAACGCUGAACCUGCUGAAGUUUCCCAUCAUCAACCCCACCCCGUAUCGCAUGUUCAGGAGGUCCGAGAGGCUCCAGAGUGCCUCCAAGCAGACCGAGAGUGAUCUUUCUCCACAGGAGCUCAAGAGACUAGAGCAGUUCAGCAAGCAGGGCUACCUAGUGGGUAAGAGAUUGAUGUUGGCUGUUGGGGACAUGACUGGUGGUAACCCCACAGGAUAGCCUAAAUACCAAGGGUUGAAAUGGACAACCCAUACAGCUCAACCCUUGGCCUUCUGUGUUUUCAAUGGCUUGCAUUGUUGCUUUUAGAUUUGUACUCUUAAUGUAGGCUAAUUAUUAAAAAUCUUAUUUUGGUUUAGGUCGCAUUGGGAGGACGUUCCGGACCAACGUAGAAUCCAACAGAGGCCUGAUAGAGUUUGAUCCUGAUAGUUUGGCCUAUGGAGAGGAUGUGAUUGACAAGGAGGAGGAGAGAGACCGUACUCUUUCCAACCCUUCUACGGAAGUGGACUUGACGCUCAACGAACUGAAAGACGCCCACUGGCUCUAUGACACCCCUGGCAUCAUGAAAGAGCAUGACGUGAGCUACUUCCUAUUCGCUCUUGGCUCCACUGUUACUCUACACCAGGCUAAAACUCUGCCCAUAUUCUAUUGUUAUUUCAUAGAUUGUAAUGCAACUCAUUACAAUCCUGGAAUCUGUCCAAAAUAGCAACCUAUUGGUCAAAGGUAGUGCACUAUAUAAUCAAAUCAAAUCAAAUCAAAUUUUAUUGGUCACAUGCGCCGAAUACAACAGGUGCAGACAUUACAGUGAAAUGCUUACUUACAGCCCUUAACCAACAGUGCAUUUAUUUUAAACAAAAAAAGUAAGAAUAAAACAACAACAAAAAAAGUGUUGAGAAAAAAAGAGCAGAAGUAAAAUAAAGUGACAGUAGGGAGGCUAUAUAUACAGGGGGGUACUGUUGCAGAGUCAAUGUGCGGGGGCACCGGCUAGUUGAGGUAGUUGAGGUAAUAUGUACAUGUGGGUAGAGUUAAAGUGACUAUGCAUAAAUACUUAACAGAGUAGCAGCAGCGUAAAAAGGAUGGGGUGGGGGGGCAGUGCAAAUAGUCCGGGUAGCCAUGAUUAGCUGUUCAGGAGUCUUAUGGCUUGGGGGUAGAAGCUGUUGAGAAGUCUUUUGGACCUAGACUUGGCACUCCGGUACCGCUUGCCGUGCGGUAGCAGAGAGAACAGUCUAUGACUAGGGUGGCUGGAGUCUUUGACAAUUUUGAGGGCCUUCCUCUGACACCGCCUGGUAUAGAGGUCCUGGAUGGCAGGAAGCUUUGCCCCAGUGAUGUAAUGGGCCGUACGCACUACCCUCUGUAGUGCCUUGCGGUCAGAGGCCAAGCAGUUGCCAUACCAGGCGGUGAUGCAACCAGUCAGGAUGCUCUCGAUGGUGCAGCUGUAGAAUUUUUUGAGGAUCUGAGGACCCAUGCCAAAUCUUUUUAGUCUCCUGAGGGGGAAUAGGCUUUGUCGUGCCCUCUUCACGACUGUCUUGGUGUGUUUGGACCAUGAUAGUUCGUUGGUGAUGUGGACACCAAGGAACUUGAAGCUCUCAACCUGUUCCACUACAGCCCCGUCGAUGAGAAUGGGGGCGUGCUCAGUCCUCUUUUUUUUCCUGUAGUCCACAAUCAUCUCCUUUGUCUUGGUCACGUUGAGGGAGAGGUUGUUGCCCUGGCACCACACGGCCAGAUCUCUGACCUCCUCCCUAUAGGCUGUCUCAUCGUUGUCGGUGAUCAGGCCUACCACUGUUGUGUCGUCGGCAAACUUAAUGAUGGUGUUGGAGUCGUGCCUGGCCAUGCAGUCAUGGGUGAACAGAGAGUACAGGAGGGGACUGAGCACGCACCCCUGAGGGGCCCCCGUGUUGAGGAUCAGUGUGGCAGAUGUGUUGUUACCUACCCUUACCACCUGGGGGCGGCCCGUCAGGAAGUCCAGGAUCCAGUUGCAGAGGGAGGUGUUUAGUCCCAGGAUCCUCCAGGGAAUAGGGUGCCAUUUCAGACACACCCCUGCAUCCUCCUAAUUGAAUCGGCAUGGAUGCGUGAUGUAACUGUUUACCAGCACUAGGAGAGCACACUUGAGACUAAUUAAUACCCUUUGACUAAGUUUCCCUUCUGAUGCAAGAGGGUUGGCAGAUAAAAAUAGUUCCUUAGCUUAUCCCCUGGGGAGAAGGAGUCCCUUGUUAUUCCUCUCCUAUAACUACAUGACGUUUGGAAGUAUCAUUUACACAAGUGGGAUGCCACGAUACAUUUACGCACAGUGCAAUAGAACAGACUAAUGCAUCAACCAUCUUGCGUGUCACUGCAGUAGAUUCAUGAUUAUUUUAUUGUACCACUCUCAUAAAGGUUUUCUUACAAGACAAGCACCAACUAGUGUUGAACAGAACAAUGCCAUCCAUUCAGCUCACCCCCAACCCCCACUCUCUCUCCGCUCUCUCAUGCUUGUUAGGUCCUCAAUCUGUUGACAGAGCAGGAGGUCAAGUUGGUGGUGCCCACACAAGCCAUCGUACCCAGGACGUUUGUGUUGAAACCUGGAAUGUCGCUAUUCCUGGGAGCUCUAGGACGAAUUGAUUACCUUCAGGUGAAUGCCUUCUUUCAUUAUUGCUUAUGAGAUCUCACCAUGCUAAACUGUGACAUCAAAACAGUGGCGCACACUUUUGUCUUUGUCUUUAUGAGACAUAUUAUUCAUUUCCCAGGGCGAGAAGUCCUGCUGGUUUUCAGUCAUUGCUUCCAACCGGGUCCCGAUUCACAUCACCAGUCUGGACAAGGCUGAUAGCAUUUAUCAGAAGCAUGCUGGUCAAAUCCUGCUGGGGGUAAGUUGAUGCUGCUUACUCUACCCAGUUAAGGACGUAAAAUCUCUUUCUCAAAUGGUACUACAAACAUGAUUACAAAUAAUGUUAUCAACAUGUAAGAACUCGCUGUGAAUAGGUACCAAUGGGUGGAGAAGAACGCAUGAAGGAAUUCCCCCCUUUUAUCUCCCAAGAGUUUGAGCUGAAGGGACAGGGUUAUCACAAAGCCAGUGCUGAUAUCAAGAUGUCCUCUGCAGGUAAUACACACAUCAUUACAAAUUGAUCAACCAGCCCACCCAGACAUUUCAGGGUUGGUGUUUUUCAAAAAAAAGCCUGGUGCUACUGAUUAAUUUAUUAUAUCCUUAGGAUGGGUGGCAGUGACAGGAGUCGAGGGGAACAGUCUCCUGCUGCGUGCCCACGCUCCAGAGGGUGCAGGGCUCUCCCUGAGGAGUCCACCUCUACUCCCCAACAUCGUUAACCUGAAGGGAGAGCGCAUCAAGAAGUCUGUUGCUUAUAAGACCAGGAAACCGCAGGCCCUGGUGGACACCAGCCUGUCCUACAAAGGAGCAAAGAGGCUCAAGGUGAAGAAGGAAAAAUGAAGUGCAUACCAACAUCUCUAUGGGGCAACGAGGGUUUUCAUGGCAGAGGCUUUUUGUACUGGAUAUUUAAUUGUGAUGAUACAGCACUUUCAGUUAUGGAUUCUUUUCAGCUCUGGGUUUUGUAAAAUUGUCUGUAAAUGUAACGAUUAUAAAUACCCUACAUACAAACAGCUGUCUUUGUUUAUCGAUGUGUAGACUUGUGCUUCAGUUUACAUUGCUUUCUUUCCAUUUAGACAGCAGGAAGGGAACCCUUUAGUGAAC